GAGGGGUGGGUGGUGGGUGGGUGGUGGGGGAGAGGAGGGCGAUGGGGCUGCAGCCGCUGGAGUUCAGUCACUGUUACCUGGACAGUCCGACCUUCCGGGAGAGGCUGAAAGCUCACGAGGCGGAAUUGGAGAAGACCAACAAGUUCAUCAAAGAGCUGCUGAAGGACGGGAAGGCGCUGGUGGACGCCACCAAACAACUCACUGCGGCGCAGAGGAAGUUCUCUCACUCUCUGGCGGAGUUCUCCUUUGAAUUUAUUGGGGAUGCGGAGACCGACGACGAGCGAUCUAUUGAUGAAUCGCUGCAGGAAUUUGCUGCUUUUCUCCGCAAUCUCGAGGAUCAAAGAGAAUUGAUGGCACUUAACAUCCGUGAGGCUUUCAUCAAACCACUGGAUAAAUUCAGAAAGGAACAACUUGGAGCUGCAAAGGAAGAAAAGAAAAAGUACGAAAAAGAAACUGAUAAAUACUACAGUGGAUUGGAAAAAUAUGUUGGCUUGUCAGCAAAGAAGAAAGAUGCUCAGCUUUCAGAGCGAGACACACACCUGGAACAUGUUCGUCAAAACUACCACGAGAUGUCCUUAGAAUACGUCUGUAAAUUGCAAGAGAUUCAGGAGCGUAAGAAAUUUGAGUUUGUGGAGCCUAUGCUCUCUUUCUUUCAAAUGCUCUUCACGUUUUAUCAUCAUGGCUAUGAGCUGGCCAAAGAUUUCAAUCACUACAAGACCGAGCUGCACCUCAACAUACAAAAUGCUCGGAAUCGAUUUGAUGGCGCGAGGUCAGAAGUGGAGGAACUAAUGCAGAAAAUCAAGAAAAACCCUCAAGAACAUAUGAGAAUGAGUUCCUCUGUUAUGGAGGGAUAUCUCUAUUUGCAGGAAAAAAGAGCUGUUCCGUUUGGUUCAACCUGGGUGAAGCAUUACUGCUCCUAUAGAAAAGAGACAAAGAAGUUUACAAUGGUGCCAUUUGAUCAGAAGGCGGGUGGAAAAAUUGGUGAAGAGGAUGAAUUCACUCUGCAGUCCUGCACGAGAAAAAAGUCAGACACCGUAGAAAAGAGGUUCUGUUUUGACAUCGAAGCAGUCGACAGGCAAGGUGUGUUCACCAUGCAGGCAGUUACAGAAGGUGAUCGGAAGCUAUGGAUGGAAGCCAUGGAUGGAACAGAACCUGUCUAUUUAAUCAACAAAACUGAUUUAAGACGAGAAGGAUACGCACAACUGGAUAGCAUGGGUUUCAACAUCAUAAAGAAAUGUAUUCACGCAAUCGAAACAAGGGGACUGAAUGACCAAGGAUUGUACAGAGUGGCAGGCGUCAGUUCAAAAGUCCAGAGACUUGUGAAUUUGUUGAUGGAUCCAAAGACUUGUGAUGAUCUGGAUCUCAGCAGCUCACCAGAAUGGGAAGUGAAAACCAUCACCAGUGCACUGAAGCAGUAUCUACGGAGUCUUCCAGAACCUCUCAUGACUCACAAGCUAUUCGGGGAGUUCAUCUUGCCAGCCAAAUCCGACAGCCCUGAGUCCAGAAUCAAAAGUAUCCACUCGCUGGUUUACAAACUACCAGAGAAGAACCGAGAGAUGUUGGACAUUCUUAUUAAACAUUUAGCCAAUGUGUCCGAUAACAAAAAGCAAAACCUGAUGACCGUGGCAAACCUCGGGGUAGUGUUCGGCCCCACUCUGAUGAGACCGCCAGAGGAAACGGUUGCUGCCAUCAUGGACCUCAAAUUUCAGAACAUUGUUGUGGAAAUUCUGAUCGAAAAUCAUCAAAAGAUAUUCAGCACUGCUCCAGAUGGCAGUGUCUGCCAGCCAGAGUCCUCAUUGCCCCUCUCGACUAAGCCACCUAAACAAGCAUCACAAGCCGACCUCGAUUCAAGACCCAUUGCCGUCUACAACUUUUACAUGGACCUUGAUAAAGUUGAGAAACCUAGCCGUGUUGAGGAUGAUACUCCAACUGGAAGCAUAGAAUCUAUCUCAUCCCACUCCUCCAUAAUCACAACAUCCUCCAACUCUAACAGCCCCCCAGAGCAAGCCAGGAACCGGAUCCAAUCCAACAAUAGUGAUACCGUUGACUUGGCAGCUUCUUCUUCGGCGAUAUCCAUGGUUUCUUGGCUCAACUCCUCACCAACUUCUCCAAGCUCACCCUGUUCACCAACGUUCACCUUCCCACCCCCCACUGAAAACAAACCUCUGGACGGGGUCACAAACAGGAAAGCCAAGGCCGUUUACUCGUGCGAAGCGGAACACAAUUCCGAGUUAUCUUUCCGAGUGGGAGCAAUAUUUGAAAAUGUUCAUGUGUCGCGAGAACCUGGUUGGCUUGAAGGAACCCUUGAGGGCAAAACGGGACUUAUUCCGCGAAACUACGUUGAGUUCCUGGAGCACUGAGCAUUUGUGGACUGAACGCUAUUCAUGGUAUCCAUGGCUAUCCUUCACAGGCUCCAGGCACUAACCCCUCUCUCUUGUGGACCUUACCAUCAUGUGUGAGACCAGCAUGAGCUUCCUUCCAUCAGCAACCCAGCAUUUUGUUUUAUGUCUUAUAAUAAAAAGCCAAUGCUAUUCUGUUUUUAGUAACAGCAGUCUCAUGGUUCACAAUAUUGUUGUAUAUUAGAGCAAAUUAUAAUUCUAUAUACAAUGGGGGCAAUGUUUAGUGUAAAGGCUUCUUGUGAGGACUGCGCUAAUAUAACGGUUCAUGCUUGCAUUGGUGACCGCAGUUCUAAAACCUUCACAAUCAGACAAAUGUUAUUCUGUAACUGCAACAGAAAAUA